GUUAAAAGUUUCCGCACUUUCGCCACAGCCCACCACCCAAUUUGCAUGCAUGGACGCAAGCAAUCUCGUAUAAAACCAUACCACACUCAUCCCUCCAAACAUCAAAUCUAGAGGUUCCAAGUCCUCUCGCUCUCGCGAGUCUUUUUUCUUCUCUUUUUCUCUUCUCCUUUCCUUGUAUAGGCGAUGGCAGCUCGCGAUCAAGCCUCCCGCGCUCUCCAGCAGCAAGAUCCCCGCGGAGUGAUCCAAGGCCUCCACCACAAAUCUCCGUCUUCCAACCGGAUGCUGGGCUUCGUGACGCUCAUCACGGGAGCGAUCGUGACGCUCGUCCUGGGCGGUGUGACCAUCGGAGGCGUGGGGAUCACGCUCUUGCUCGCCACCCCUGUCUUCCUCCUCUUGAGCCCCGUGCUCGUCCCUCUCGGCAUCAUGGUGGCUCUCGGGAUUGGAGGCUUCUUGCUGGCCAGCACCGUCUUCGUUGGCUUCUGCUCUUUCGUCUCCUGGAUCUACAACUAUGUCCGCGGCCAGAAGCCUGUUGGAGCUGACAAGAUCGACGCUGCCAAGCACCGCAUCGCUGAUACUGCCUCGCAUGUCACGGAGAAGGCCCGGGAAGUGACUGGCUACUUGCAAUCCAGGACGCAGGAGGUUGCUCCAGGAGCGUAGAAAGCUCUCCUUUUUUGAUCUUCUGUGCCAGUAGAGGAGUUUCUUUUCUGGUUUUUGCUUGCAUGGGACGGAUCCUUCUUCUUCUAGAGUUGUAGCAGAAAUAAAUGCGGUAGCGCGAUUUUCUUUUGUUCUUUUCUCCUGUU